AUGCCAAAAAGUGUUUAGAAUGAGUCUAACAUAUUGAUGAUAUCAGGUUAUUAAACAAGCACACAUAAUUUAACAAUUAAAGAAUGCAUCAUAAAAUAAUAAAGUAUAAAUAACCUAUUGAUUAAUUAAAUAAUAACAAAAUUAUUGUUAUAUAUUGCAUGA